UCCGAAGGAAGAAAGAGGAUUCAAUCGUCGCCGCCGCCGCCGCUGCAGCCUCCCGAGUCGAAGGAUCCGAUCGAUCGAAUCCCUCCGUGAAUUCGAAACCCUAGUCGCCAUUCGGGUUGGGAAUGCAGAGAGAUGAGCGGCUCGUUGCUGACGAAUCUUGAGUCCGGCAGCCGCGCCGCCGCCGUCGCCGCCGCCACCAUCGGUGGCCGGAACUGUCACCGGAACUGUCACCGGAAGCACGUCGAGGACGGGUGAACCCCACGCCCGGAUCCUAGUUUCUCGCUCAUCUUACCCCUCGAAUUUCUUCCAGUUUCGAUAUCGAUCUCGAUCUCGGCGUCGAGGAAAAGAGAUAUAAGAAUCGCGUCUUUCGAAUGGCGGAUUCCAAAGUCCGGGACGCGUCCGCCUCCUCGGUGCUCCACGGGAAGUACGAGCUCGGCCGGCUGCUGGGGCACGGGACGUUUGCGAAGGUGUACCACGCGCGGAACCUGCAGUCGGGGCGGAGCGUGGCGAUGAAGGUGGUCGGGAAGGAGAAGGUGAUGAAGGUCGGGAUGAUGGAGCAGAUCAAGCGCGAGAUCGCGGUCAUGAAGAUGGUGAAGCACCCUCACAUCGUGGAGCUGGACGAGGUCAUGGCCAGCAAGUCGAAGAUCUACUUCGCGAUGGAGCUCGUCCGGGGCGGCGAGCUCUUCAACCGGAUCGCCAAGGGCCGCCUCCGGGAGGACGCCGCGCGCAUGUACUUCCAGCAGCUGAUCUCCGCCAUCGACUUCUGCCACAGCCGCGGGGUCUACCACCGCGACCUCAAGCCGGAGAACCUGCUGCUGGACGAGGACGGCAACCUGAAGGUCACCGACUUCGGGCUCAGCGCGUUCUCGGAGCACCUGCGGCACGACGGCCUGCUGCACACGACGUGCGGGACGCCGGCUUACGUCGCGCCGGAGGUGAUCGGGAAGAAAGGAUACGACGGCGCGAAGGCCGACCUCUGGUCCUGUGGGGUUAUCUUGUUCGUCCUCCUCGCCGGUUACUUGCCCUUCCAGGAUGAUAACCUCAUGGCCAUGUAUCGGAAGAUUUACAGGGGAGAUUUCAAGUGCCCGCCGUGGUUCUCCUCCGACGCCCGGAGGCUCGUUACCAAGCUCCUCGACCCGAACCCGAGCAACCGAAUCACCAUUGCCAAGGUCAUGGAGUCGUCCUGGUUCAAGAAGUCGGUGCCGAAGACUGUCAGGACGAAGCAGGAGUUGGAAUUCGAGGCCUUUGAUAAGGAGGACGCGGCCGAGGGCGGCGGGGCCAAUGGCGAGAAGCUGAAGAAGCAGUCGGAGACCCUGAACGCGUUCCACAUAAUCUCGCUGUCGGAGGGCUUCGACCUGUCGCCGCUGUUCGAGGAGAAGAAGAGGGAGGAGAAGGAGGAGAUGCGGUUCGCGACGACCAGGCCCGCGAGCAGCGUGAUAUCUAGACUGGAGGAGGUGGCCAAGGCGGGGAAGUUCAGCAUCAAGAAGAGCGAGUCGAAGGUGAAGCUGCAGGGGCAGGAGACGGGGAGGAAAGGGAAGCUCGGCAUCGCCGCGGAGAUCUUCGCCGUGACGCCGUCGUUCCUGGUGGUGGAGGUGAAGAAGGACAACGGGGACACGCUGGAGUAUAACCAGUUCUGCAGCAAGGAGCUUAGACCGGCACUCAAAGACAUAUUAUGGACAUCUCCUGCCGAUAACUCGACAGCCGCAUGAGGAAAUCGAAUCUUUUGUGUUGUUGGGGUCAAUUGUUUUGUUAAUGUUCGUUACUGGUGGAGCUCUUAAGAUUCUGUGGAAAUUGAAGCAGAUUUCUUUGUAUGAUUCUGGGAAUAGAUUUGUGCUUUUGGGUCUCAGAUGGAAAUUGUCUCACAUGUGUGCUUUCUUUCUGAUGUGUUUGUGAAAUGAAUUGUUUGAUGUGGCUUUGAUUAAAA